AUGUCCACGGGUGGGGACAAGAACCAGUCGCAGGCAUUGUACUUACUGGGAGGCAAGGCGCUCUGGACAAAAGAGCUCGAGGUCGCGUUGCGCGAUGGCGAGGUAGAUAUGGUCGUCCACAGCUUCAAGGAUGUACCCACAGAACUGCCGGAGGGAUGCGACAUCGCGGGGGUUAUGGAGCGGGAGGAUCCGGUCGACUCCCUGGUUGUCCGCAAAGACAAGCCAUGGAAAAGCCUGGAGGAAUUGCCGGAUGGGAGUGUGGUGGGCACGAGCAGCGUGCGCAGAGUCGCGCAACUUAUCCGUCAAUUCCCAAAGCUGAUAUUCAAGGAUGUCCGUGGUAACUUAAAUACACGAAUCGCCAAGCUCGAUGCACCAGAUGGGCCGUACGCUGCCCUCAUCCUCGCCAAAGCCGGCAUGGUUCGACUUGGCUGGAGAUCUCGAAUCACAGCGGAUCUCGGACCCCCUACAUUGCUCCACGCAGUUUCGCAAGGUGCAUUAGCAAUCGAAAUUCGCUCAGACGACGAAGUAGCACGCGCGUUGUGUGAGUCGUUGACACACUGGCGGACCAAUUGGUCAUGUCGCGCGGAGCGUGCAUGUCUGCGCGUACUGGAGGGCGGUUGUAGUGUACCUGUCGGGGUGCAUACCCAACUGAAGGGUAACCCAAGUGAUCAAGGAGGGGUGCUGGCGAUUUCGGGCUGCGUAACAUCUCUGGACGGGACGCAACAUGUAGAACAGACUAUCAAGGAGGAAGUACGCUCGCUGUCAGAGGCUGAAGAUGUUGGGAAACGUCUAGCACGAGCUCUCAUGAGUGCGGGGGCGACAGGGAUCUUGGAUGAAAUCAACAAAGACAGAGCAACGAAAAUUGAACUAACCAAAAGGGAGGAGGGAACAAGCAUUAUGACAGCUGCUUGA